GUAUAUGAGUGAAAUUGGUAAAGAAAAAACUGGCAAUUGACCCGCGCUAUUAAUACUCUCCAGCUCCGAGCAUUCACACCAAUCGCCGCCCUACUCCGCAUCUCCUCCGCCGCUCCGAUUGGAUCACCGGCAAAGUCAGCUGCCUAGUUUCACGCCUCUGGAAUACACUCCGCCAUGAAUUCUCGAAGGGAGCGUGGUGCUAGAGCUGCUCUAUUUGAUGGCAUCGAGGAAGGUGGUAUCAGGGCUUCGUCGUCAUAUUCUUCUCAUGAGAUUGAUGAACAUGAAAAUGAAAAAGCACUAGAUGGGCUGCAAGAUAGAGUCAUUCUGCUAAAAAGACUGUCAGGUGACAUACACGAGGAGGUGGAGACACACAACCGCAUGCUGGACAGAAUGGGCAAUGACAUGGAUUCUUCAAGGGGAGUGUUAGCUGGAACAAUGGACAAAUUUAAGAUGGUAUUUGAGACCAAAUCAAACCAAAGAAUGUGUACGCUUGUGGCAUCGUUUGUGCUUCUCUUUCUGGUGGUGUACUACCUGACUAGGUAAAUGGUGUGUGACCAGAAUUGGGAUCUCUCUCUAAUCUUCCUGUCUAUAUGACCACCCAAAGUGAUAUGAAAAAAUGUGUAUCUGUAUAAAGUUGUUUGGUGCCAAACACUUUUUUAGUACUCUCUGGUGUGUGUUGUGGAAUGGAUAAUGAUAAUGAUAUAUAAACUUUAGAGAUUGAUACCUUUGUUCAAAUAGGAUUCAGGAGCAUAAAACUCCUGUCGAGAU